CAAAACCAGUGCUAUUUCUUUCCCCUGUUUCUGAGAAAACCGCAGUCGUAGAAGCUGGAGAAACUGUUAUUCUAAUAGUAGCGGUGCACCCCCCCUUAUUUAUUGCUGAUUCCGUCUUUUCUUUCCUUACCACAGCAAGUGACAGCUAACUCACUUCUUCUUAUUCGUCUUUCCGAGGACUCUCUGGCUCUGCAAUUUCUUGUGGGUGAAGAUGAGUAGUAGUGCACGAGUUUGCAAAUUCGAGGCAGCUUUCAAGUCCAUGCAGACGCAGAAAAACACAUUGACGGAAUCCGGCAAGGCCAAUCAGGUCCGCCGGUUCUCCAGUGGCAGGACUCAAGCUAGUAAGAUAAGGAAUAGCGACGAGAAAAGGAGGAGAGAAGCGGAGAAGGCCGAGAAAGUUAUGCACUUGAUCUGCUGGGGUCCCAACUAAAAUUACCAGUUUUUUUCUCUUGGUUUCUAUAUUCACUAUAAUUAUUAUUUAUAUUUUUGUGUGGUGAGCAGAAAGAUUCAUUAUCAUCAAUUCUUGACAUUGGUUACGAAUUUACAAGGAAGAUCUGUAACAAAUGGUGUGCGAGUUAUAAUCUCUUAUAGAGAUCUUCGAAGGAGAAAUGAGAACUUAAUCGGAUCAUCUAUAGUUCUUCACACUUUUUUGUUUUUUUUUCCUACGUAUGUUUGUGUGUCUGUUUGUUUUUGCUUUUGCAUAGCAGAAUUCAUCAAUGGAUAUCCGAUCAUUAGCAGAGCAGUGGGCCAUCAAUUGAACGGUCAGAAUUGAUGGGUAUCAGGAGAUUCAGGAUAAAAGAUAACAAAAAUAAUCUUGGAGACAUAAAUUAGAACUUGGCCUCUUGUGCCUUCUCCAGUUAUCUUAAAUAUAAAAUCAGAUAAUAGAAUUCCCCAGCGCCUCCUCCCCUCCACAAGAGUCAAGAAAUAAAAGCCUUCUAGUCCUUUUUUCUUGCUCUGCCGUAACCACUCUUCAUCAGAAAUCAGAAGCAUGCUUUCACUCAAACCUUGCAAGAACAAUUUCCGGUCUUCUUUUCUGAUAAAUCCUUCAAAGUUUGGGAAGAAAACGCAGACGGUCCAUCAAGCAAGGAAGGUCGAUGGGAGAAGACUAGUAGUCAGAGGGUGUCAGGAAGGAGAGAAGAAGGAGAGGCGAAGUUUCUUGACCCUAGAAGAAGCUGGUUUGGUUGAAAUUUCCGGUUUAAGUACUCACGAACGCUUCCUAUGUCGAUUAACGAUCUCAUCACUUAAUCUACUUCGAGUCAUAUCGGAGCAAGAAGGGCUUCCGAUUGAGGAGCUUAAUGCCGGGAGGAUCUGUGAUUGGUUUCUCAAGGACAAGCUCAAGAGAGAGCAGAACUUGGAGUCUGCAGUUCUUCAAUGGGAUGACUCAGAAUUCCAAUUUUAGUCUUUUGGAUUAUGAGUUUCUGGUCUAUUAUCUUUUGCAUUGUUGUGAGAAUAUGUUUUGUUAUGUAUCAACCUUUAAUCCAUAAAUUGCAGAUAACCAACUUGCUGAUUUGGUGGCUUGUUGGUUUUGAUACCAGAAUCGUGAGAUGAGGACUUAGUUGUCCUUUAACCAAGAGAGAGAGAGAGAGAAAGAUUUGAAUUCAAAGCUAUGAUGAAUGAUCAUAAGCCAGUUACUUUCAGCAUUUA